CUUGGGGUGCCUUAACCCAAGGCUCUCAGAGCGCGCUGGGCUGAAAGAUGACUGAGGAAGAUUCAGAGAGCGUGGCCACUGACUCCCAAGCAGAGGAGGAGAGCGAGCUGCCAGUCAUCCAACUGUGCGGGCUGGUGGAGGAGCUCAGCUAUGGAAACGCAGCUCUCAAAACAGAAACAGAGAUGUUCGAGAAAUAUUACUAUAGACUGGAACCCAGGGACCACCGAAUGCCACGGUUAUCGGAAUAUAAAAUAUCGGCAGCAGAAUUUUCACAGUUACGAAGUAGACGUAGAUCCAAGGGCCGGCUGGCUCUGGAUCGUUCGGCAGGUCUCACUGUAGAUCAAAAGCUUGAUCUUGUACAAAAGGAGCUAGAAGACACAAGAGAUGAACUACGGCACAUGCGGGCUAAUGCAGAACGGGACCUGCAGCACCAUGAGGCUAUCAUCGAGGAGGCGGAUAUUCGGUGGCAUGAGCUUCAGAGAGUGGUGCACGAGUUUGAAAAGGAUAUCCUGAAAACUAUAGCCAAGAAGAAAGGGAGCAUUUUGGCCACUCAGAAAGUGAUGAAGUACAUUGAGGAUAUGAACCGCCGGAGGGAUAAUAUGAAGGAUAAAUUAUGUUUGAAAAACGUUUCUCUCAAAGUUCAGAAGAAAAAGAUGCUCUUACAACUGAGGCAGAAGGAGGAGGUGGGCGAGGCCCUCCAUGAUGUCGACUUUCAGCAGCUGAAAAUCGAGAACGCUCAGUUUUUAGAGACGAUCGAAGCGAGGAAUAAAGAGCUGAUCCAGCUGAAGCUGGCCUGUGGGAACACCUUACAGGUUCUCAACACCUACAAGAACAAGCUUCAUCGGGCCAUGGAUAUAUACAACAAUCUAGACAAGGAGAUCAUGAUGAGAAAUGAGCUGCUUGGGAAAAUUGAAAAAGAAACCAUUCAUGCAGAGGAGGACAGGGCCAAGGCCUACACCUUGAACGCUAAGUUACGGAAGCAGCUGGCUGAGUUCCGGGCCCCACAGGUGAUGGUGUAUGUCAAGGAGAAGAUCUUGAACGGGGAACUGCAGAAGACCAUCAAGAUGUGGGAGAGGAAGGUGGAGAUCGCAGAGAUGUCUUUAAAAGGGUAUCGGAAGGUCUGGAAUAAAAUGAAAACAUCGGACAAGCACCUACAGGUGGUCAUGCCCCCCGGGAAAUAGUGAGGAGCAGCCCACAGCUUGCAGACCAAGAAGUGAUCCAUUAAAAUGUUCUCGUAUU